AUGUCGACACCUACGGCCCUGAUUUCUGGCGUAGAGCAGCCUGGCAUGGUUCUCGGAUUAUCAUGCGCCGGGUGUCGACCGAGGCUCUACAUUUUUGACUUCAUCCCCGAGACAUACCGUGCAUGUGCGGAUGAUGGGAGACUUCUCGCAGACAGAACUGGUCUGGCAGAUGAAAUAGUUGAAGAAUUUUUGGAAGGUAACCGGGAAUUUUAUACCAGCAGUAUUCUGGGUAUCUACCGUAAACUUCCGCACAAUCUGGGCUUCCUCAGUGACAUCACCCAGCGUGCGUAUUAUCUGAGUAACCAGCAGGUCACCCGUGAAGAGAUCCGUGGCGUCAGCAAACUUCUGGGUGAAGAUGAGAUUUAUCAGGAGAACACGAGAUGGCUCCAAGCCGUGAAGUUUACGAUGUUUCCCUUCCAAGGUGGCGACCAUGCAGCAGAGGUCAAGGAGGUUUGUGCAUGUCUUGAGGAAGCUAAAAGCUAUGCAGCCAACCCUCCAUAUGAGCAAGUCAUCGAGAGCUAUAUACAGAACUCUGCCACAGGUCGCACGGACGCAUACAGAGAUUCGCAGGAACUCUGGGUCAAGGAUAUAAAACCUGCUGUGGAAACUAUCCUUGGAUUCGUCGAACCGCGUCGCGAUCCAUAUGGUGUCCGCGCGGAAUUCGAAGGACUGGUUGGAGGGUUGCUGAUCCACCAAAUAAGAUAA